GACACUCAGAACACAGGAGACCUUUUGUGGUGCUGUGAUCCACCUUCAAAGCGCGUCUCUCCCAGCAGAGACACAGCCCAGCCCAGGACGCCGACAGGCCCCGGAGCCGAAAUAUUCCUCAGCCCAGUUCCUGAGGCAGGAGGGUUCAGAGGCCGACGGCCCCUUGGGGCAACCCAUCGCAUCAACCAUGCCCACAUUUGGUGCCUUCAUCCCGCUCCUCCUCUUCAUCUUCCCGGAGGCCUCCUCCCACUGUCACACAGGCACGGAAAAUGAAUGCGAGAAGCACACGGCCUUCAUGCCCGGGCACAGCUUGGUAGGAAGGGGCAUCGAUGUGACCACAAUGGCCAAGAAGGGGGCCAAUCUGGUGAACAGCAGCCUCUGGCAGCACGAGGACGGCACCUGCACCCUGUGUCGGAACCCACUGCAGGGAGAGCAGUGGCAGAGGCUGCCGCUGGCUGCGGUGGACUGGCAAGUCCACAUCUCGUGCAGCCGGAAGCUGAGCAGCUCGGUGCAGCAGUCGGCGAUGGGCAUGAUGGAGUCGGCAGCAACCCCGGUGCAGAACGACUGGAAGGUGGGGCUGGACGUGCCUGUGAAGCCCACGGUUAAUGUCCAGGUGGCUCUGGCUGGAUCACAUUCCAAACUGGCCAGUUUCGUGGUAGACCACACACGGAUGGACAAAUACAGCUUCGUGAGCCAUGAGGUGUCCUGCGGCUAUUACAGGUUCCGGGUCAGCGAGACGCCCCCGCUCACCAGCCAUUUCACUCUGGCACUGAAGAACCUCCCGGACCAGUACGACAGCAAAUCGAAGGUGGAGUACCAGCAGCUAAUCAACAACUAUGGCACCCACUACAUGUCCCAGCUGCAGCUGGGGGGCCGGGCACGGGACGUGACGGCCGUGAGGGUCUGCGAAGCAGCAAUGAGCAGCUUGACUGACGACGAGAUCAAGGACUGCUUGAGCAUGGAGGCGGCCGUGAGUAUCGGAGUGGGCUCUGUCAAGGGUGGGAACAGCAAGUGUGAGGAGGAGAAGAAGAAGGGGAAGGUCCGGGGGAGCUUUCAUGAGACGUAUCGGGAGCGCCACGUGGAGGUGGAGGGAGGAGAGAGCUCGACUGAUGUGCUGUUCUGUGGCAGUGAUGCCAAGGUCUUCUCGACCUGGAUUGAGAGUCUCAAAGGCAACCCUGGCCUGGUGUCCUAUUCGCUGCAACCCAUCCACAUCCUGGUGGAGCAGGACGACCCAAAGCGGGAGGCGCUGAGACGGGCAGUCAGUGAAUACAUCCUUGAGAGGGCCCUGGUGAGGAAUUGCACCCAAAGCUGCCCCCCGGGGACUCAACGCAGCGCCCACGACCCCUGCUCCUGCGUCUGCCCCGGGGAUGCCAUGACCAACACCAUGUGCUGCUCGCGGGAGCGCGGCCUGGGGAAGCUGAUGGUGACAGUGAAGAAGGCCAGUGGCCUGUGGGGGGACUACAUUACCGCUACGGAUGCCUUUGUCAAGGUCUUCUUUGAGAGACGGGAGAUUCAGACCGGCACCAUCUGGAACAACAACAAUCCCAUCUGGAACGUCCACUUGGACUUCGGUACCGUUCACCUCACCAGCACCAGCAAGAUCCACAUAGAGGUCUGGGAUGAGGACAACAAGUGGAACGAUGACCUGCUGGGAAGCUGCGACAUCCCGCUGGAGGCCGGGGGGCCCCACCAGAAGGAUUGCUACCUGAACCACGGCCGCAUCUGGUUCCAGUACAGCCUGCGCUGUGGGCCCCACCUCGGGGGCCGGAGCUGCUUCGACUAUGUCUCCCAGCCACCCCAGCAGAGCACAGCCAAGGCGGAGGCCUUCUGGUGA